CUCGACUCUGGUGGUGUAGUGCUGGUGUACGAACGGCAGUGGAAUCAUCAAAACAACGUUGAUAUCACCACGGACUCCGCGAUCGUUGCUUCGCCGGAACCGAACCGCUCGUAUCGUCGCUGAGGAGCCCGUUCCAGACGGGGAAAAAAGUGCGAUAAUGAAGCGCUUCUCCAACUCGUCGGAGACCGAAUCCAGUAGCGGGAAGCGAGUCCGGAACAUCUCGGAGAGUAGCGAAGAUUUCGACGAGUUGCCAAAAUCCAUCACCGAUAAGAUCCAAAUGUCCGACGAAGACUUGGUGACCCUCGGUGUUCGGGAACUUAAUAAGCGUCUCAAAAAUGCUGGUCUCACACGUGCGGAAAUCAUGAAGAUGAAGCAGCGCCGGAGAACCCUGAAAAACCGCGGCUACGCUGCGAGCUGUCGCACAAAACGAAUCGAGCAGAAAGAUGAGCUCGAAUACGAGAAAAACGGGAUCCUCGAUCGAAUAAGUGCCCUGCGACGAGACAAUGCUCAGAAGACGAACAGCAUCUCUCAUCUGAAUCAUCAGUAUCGAGAAUUAGUGAGAUUCGCGGCAGAGAGCAACAUUCCACUACCGAAAGAGCUCAUCAACUUGGAAUUCUGACGCGAUACAUUUCUGAGUCAGAGAAAGGAUUCGGGGCGGACACUGUACAAAGUCGAAGUAUCCGGGGCAUUUUCGUGAGAGAAUUUUGGUCUCAACCAUGGGUUGGUAUCCUCGCUGGCUGCGAAAGAUCGAGAGAUUUGAGCGCUGCGAGACUUGUUAUCGGAAUUCGGAAGUCUGUUCGCGAGAGAGUUGCCUGCUCUGUGAGGAACAUGACCGGGCACCGAUGGGCGGAGCAUGAGAUCAGAGACACCUGCUUGAAAAUAAUAAAGUCGACGUUGAGGGGAUAUUGACCCCCGAUAGGAAUCACCUACGCUCUGUCUCGGAGCUUAUCGGAAGUCGAGAGACGGCUCUGGCUGAUGACUCAGCUCGGGAUGAUAUACCUUAUUUCUGUCCGCACGUCGCUCGGCUCCCCUGCUGAAAAAUUGUAUACACGAUGAGUCGAUGUACACUACGAAGAAAUAAAAUCUUUUGUCGGA